GCCGCAAGUUGGAUGCUUCUGGCAGCCAUACAAAUGUAGCACCACCCAGGGAGGGAGCGUGUUUGCCUCUCUGCUCACUUCUGCCAGAGUGGAGGAAUGCUGGACACCCAGAGACAAGGGAGGCUGCCGCACGCCACAGCCCAGUCCCACACCUCCGGCUUCCUUCUUUUGAGACACACAGAUGUCAGAAAUUGAGUUGGAAAAGAUAAAAGUAAGAACAGCCGAGCAUUUUGAAAAUGACAAAAAUAGCAUUCCUUGGUUAAAAGAAGAUACGCAACUCACAAAUGAAAAGCAUGCAGACGAGAAACCUAUUAAUGCUAUCGUUAUAAAUUCAGUAUCCGAAUUCAAUAUCACAGAUGGACCAGCCCAUGAAACCCCCAAUGAGAAAAACCUGUCAGGAUCGAGCACUUCACUCUCUUCCCUCGAAGAAUGCCAAACGAAAUUUCCCUACCUCCAAACUAAUACUUCAGUUCAUCGGAGAGACGCUGAUGAGGAGUGUGCCUCCCUAAUCCUCACCUGUCUCUUCUGCCAAUUCUUGGACUGCCUCUUCAUGCUCCCUGACACAUGUGAGACAGUAUGCAUCAACCUGUGCUGCCCCUCUCACAGGUACUAUUCUGCCUCCGAUGAGAAUCAUCCACACAAUGACUGCAACUUGACCUGUGACAUGGACUGUAGCCUCUUUGAAUCCUGCCAUGAGACCAGUGAAUGCCUGGAGCUGGCCAUGGAGAUAUCAGAAAUCUGUUACCGCUAGUGGAAGAAGGGAUGAGCACUCAGGCAGUUUUUAGAGUGCAUCUGAGAUAAGAGCUCCCUUUGUGUGGCCAAAUGCAAGGACCAUACACGUUUCAUGGAGGCUCUAGGCCAGUUUUAUGUUGCACCUGUCUGGGAAAGCUACUACUGUCAACUUGUUCCAACUUUCACAAUCGCAUGGCUCACUGCAAAAUAUUUCUUGAUCAUGUGUGUGGUGAAAAUAUCUCAAAUACCUCUAAAAUGCCAUAGGUAGAAGAUGUUUCUUGACUGUUAAACAGCAUGCUGA